CCCCGGGGCGGGCCCAGUGCGUGGCAGCGGGACCUGCGGCCCCGUCGCGAAGUUUCCAGCCCUGCGAGCGCCGCCGGGUCGGCCGAUCAUCCUCAUACCUCGGCCAUGCGGCCCCUGCUGCUCCUGGCCCCGCUGGGCUGGCUGCUGCUGGCUGAAGCGAAGGGCGACGCCAAGCCGGAGGACAACCUUUUAGUCCUCACGGUGGCCACUAAGGAGACCGAGGGAUUCCGUCGCUUCAAGCGCUCCGCUCAGUUCUUCAACUACAAGAUCCAGGCGCUCGGCCUAGGGGAGGACUGGAAUGUGGAGAAGGGGACGUCGGCAGGUGGAGGGCAGAAGGUCCGGCUGCUGAAGAAAGCUCUGGAGAAGCACGCAGACAAGGAGGAUCUGGUCAUUCUCUUCACAGACAGCUACGACGUGCUGUUUGCAUCGGGGCCCCGGGAGCUCCUGAAGAAGUUCCGGCAGGCCAGGAGCCAGGUGGUCUUCUCUGCUGAGGAGCUCAUCUACCCAGACCGCAGGCUGGAGGCCAAGUAUCCGGUGGUCUCCGAUGGCAAGAGGUUCCUGGGCUCUGGAGGCUUCAUCGGUUAUGCCCCCAACCUCAGCAAACUGGUGGCCGAGUGGGAGGGCCAGGACAGCGACAGCGACCAGCUGUUUUACACCAAGAUCUUCUUGGACCCGGAGAAGAGGGAGCAGAUCAAUAUCACCCUGGACCACCGCUGCCGUAUCUUCCAGAACCUGGAUGGAGCUUUGGGUCCCCAGGGACCACUUGGAUGUCCUGGCGCAGAGCCGUGUCUCUCUUGGGGGCCUGGGACAGAUGAGGUCGUGCUCAAGUUUGAAAUGGGCCAUGUGAGAGCGAGGAACCUGGCCUAUGACACCCUCCCAGUCCUGAUCCAUGGCAACGGGCCAACCAAGCUGCAGCUGAACUACCUGGGCAACUACAUCCCGCGCUUCUGGACCUUCGAGACGGGUUGCACCGUGUGUGACGAAGGCCUGCGCAGCCUCAAGGGCAUUGGGGAUGAAGCUCUGCCCACGGUCCUGGUCGGCAUGUUCAUCGAACAGCCCACGCCGUUCGUGUCCCUGUUCUUCCAGCGGCUCCUGCAGCUCCACUACCCCCGGAAACACAUGCGACUUUUCAUCCACAACCACGAGCAGCACCACAAGGCUCAGGUGGAAGAGUUCCUGGCAGAGCAUGGCAGUGAGUACCAGUCCGUGAAGCUAGUGGGCCCUGAGGUGCGGAUGGCAAAUGCGGACGCCAGGAACAUGGGCGCAGACCUGUGCCGGCAGGACCGCAGCUGCACCUACUACUUCAGCGUGGAUGCUGAUGUGGCCCUGACCGAGCCCAACAGCCUGCGGCUGCUGAUCCAACAGAACAAGAACGUCAUCGCCCCGCUGAUGACCCGGCAUGGGAGGCUGUGGUCGAACUUCUGGGGGGCUCUCAGUGCAGAUGGCUACUAUGCCCGUUCCGAGGACUACGUGGACAUUGUGCAGGGGCGGCGCGUUGGUGUCUGGAAUGUGCCCUAUAUUUCAAACAUCUACUUGAUCAAAGGCAGUGCCCUGCGGGGUGAGCUGCAGUCCCCAGAUCUCUUCCACCACAGCAAGCUGGACCCCGACAUGGCCUUCUGUGCCAACGUCCGGCAGCAGGUCAGCCAGCAGUGGGCAGCACAGGACGCCCUGUGGAUGGGGCAGGCGGGAAGGUGGGCCUCCAGCUCUGACCCUCAUGGUGGGCCGCCUUGUCACCAUAGGCCUGGGAGCUCCCGAGAUUCUAGCAGGGCAUCUUGGAAGCCACUAGCGCCUGGUGGAGGAAUGGGGACCGUCUGGCACAAGGGCUGGUCCUCAGGGCUCCGGCCGACGCCCACCGGAACUACAGCCCCCAUGAUGCAGCGGGAGUCCCAGCCGCUGCGUCAUCGGCUUGGGACGCGCCGGCGGAGGCGUGGCGCGCUGAGGCGCCGCUCGAAGUGCCGAGUCGCGAGGCCGCAGACGCGGCACUUCCUCACAUGCCAGUGCAACUCCACGAUACCUCAAUGA